GGCCUUGGUAUCAUACAUUUUAUCACUUCCUCCUCGCUGCCAAUCCCCAAGGCAAGUGAUCUUGGUCUAUCUUAUCCAAAGUCUGGUGGUCAACAGCCCGUCUCGUCUCCGGCUGGCGAGGAUAAAGCGCCUGCUCCUCCCGCUACUCCUCCAUCCACACCCCAGCAGCCUCCCACGCAACAACCCCCGAAACAAGAUACCCCCAACCCAGUUACUCCCAAUCCACCCACUGGGAAUGCUCCUGCUCCGGGUUACCAAAAGGUGAAUGCCACGUUCGUCACACUGGCACGAAACUCUGAUCUAUGGGAAAUUGCAAAAUCCAUUCGCCAGGUAGAAGAUCGCUUCAACAAGGACUAUCACUACGACUGGGUGUUCUUGAACGAUGCAGAAUUUUCAGAUGAAUUUAAGAAGUUUACUAGCAGGUUGGUCUCUGGAAAAACUCACUACGGACUUAUUCCAAAGGAGCAUUGGUCAUACCCUAGCUGGAUUGAUCAGAAAAAAGCUGCGGAAACGAGAAAGAUCAUGAAAGAGAAAGAUAUCAUUUACGGAGAUUCUGAGAGCUACAGACACAUGUGUCGCUAUGAAUCCGGAUUCUUCUUCCGUCAUGAACUCAUGAUGCAAUAUGACUACUACUGGCGUGUGGAACCCAGUAUCGAAUACUUCUGUGACAUCCACAUUGACCCAUUCAAGUUCAUGAAAGACAACAACAAGAAGUACAGCUUCGUUAUCAGUCUGCCCGAGUACCCCGGCACCAUUGAGACUCUAUGGAAGAGUACCAGGAAAUUCAUCGAACAGUACCCAGAGCAUAUUGCAAAAGAUAAUAACCUCGAGUUCAUUAGCGCUGACGGUGGUAAAACAUAUAACAAUUGCCAUUUCCUCCAUGCUAAUCUAUUAUGUCUGAAGUGGUCUAACUUUGAAGUCGGUGAUUUGAACUUCUUCCGUUCUCAAAAAUACCUUGACUUCUUCAACCUCCUGGAUCAGUAUGGUGGCUUUUUCUAUGAAAGAUGGGGCGAUGCCCCUGUUCAUAGCAUUGCGGUCUCCCUGAUGCUAAACAAGGAUGAGGUACACUUCUUCAAUGAAAUUGCAUACAGGCAUGUUCCAUUCGUCCACUGCCCUACCGGAGAACAGACAAGACUAGAUUUGAAAUGUCAUUGCAACCCAGGUGACAACUUUGACUGGAAAUCGUAUUCAUGUGAGUUUUCUGUUUUGUUCUCAUCACCCUUUCACUCCAUAUCUCAAUAA